AUGAUCACCGCCACCUGGCUUGCGUCUUCCGAGAAGCGUCUUCCUUCGUCACCUCGGCUCCGUCACAACGUCGACAACAUCGACAGCACAAUGAGUGCUGAGGACUUUGCCUCCCUUCUCGCCGGCGUUACGUCUCACAUCGCCGCGCGCGAUGCGAGUCUCUCCAGUCUGCCCACCUUCCCCUCCCCUGACGAAGUCGCUGUCGCCGUAGCAGCACUGCCUUCCUCGCUCCCCGAUACUGGACUCGGAACACAGGCAUCGCUUUCUGUUAUUCAGCAAGUCCUAAACGGAUGCACCGUCGGCCAAGCGGGACCGCGAUACUUUGGUUUCGUCACUGGCGGUGUGACGCCGGCCGCCCAGCUCGCUGACAUGCUUCUGAGCAGUCAUGACGAGAACGUCCAGGUCUCGUUGCCUACUACGGCUGCAGUGCGGACGGAACAGAAGGCUCUCCAACUGGUUUCGGAGCUUCUGGGACUGGAAGGCUUCGAGGGGCGUACGAUCACGACUGGCGCGACUGCUAGCAAUGUGUUGGGCAUGGCCUGUGCCCGUGACGCUGUUGCCAGCCCAACAUCAGUACUCGCGCUGCAUCCCCACUUCUCGAUCGUGAAGGCGUGUUCGCUCGUGGGACUUGGAAGAAAGAUCGUCACUGUCCCGCCAUCACCCGACAAUGAGCUUGCUUUUGACCUUGAAGCGCUCAAGGCUCAACUUAAGAAGGACAAAAAUGAGGGGAAGGGCUCAAUUGUGGUCAUUGGCCUGGGAGAGGUGAACACUGGCGGGUUUCCCGGCAACGUUCCUCAGGUUGCGGAGCUGUGCAAGGAGUACGGAGCGUGGUUGCAUGUUGAUGCUGCCUUUGGUGGCUUUGCGGCCGCGGUCCCCGAAGUUGCACACCUGACGGAGGGCAUGUGCCUCGCUGACUCGAUCACGCUGGACGGGCACAAGUGGCUGAAUGUGCCAUACGAUUGCGGCUUGUUCUUCACGCGCAAGAUGAAGAGUCUGACUGAUGUCCUUGGGCCCGGGGAAGAUGCGCCAGCGUACCUCGCCUCGAAUUCUGAGACCCCGAGCCCGCUCUAUGUCAACAUUGAGAACUCGCGACGAUUCCGUGCGCUGCCUUUGCUUGCGAGUCUGGUGUCACUUGGUCGGGAAGGAUAUGUUGAUUCUCGACAAGGGCUGACAUCAGACAUCUUUCGGCGCAACUGUGCGUUCGCGCGCCAAGUCGCCGAAUACCUCGACCGACAUCCCAAUUACGAGCUACUGAACAGGCAAGAGGGUAACCACAUUGUGCCCCUCAACAUUGUUCUGUUCGCGGAGAAGCAGCCGCAAGAGCAGCCGCUGGCCGACCGGAUCAACAACACGCGCAAGGUGUACGUGAGCGGCACGGCGUGGCGAGGUCAGAAGGCUGUCCGGCUCGCGGUGUCUAACUGGCGCACGGGUGACGCCGACCUGGAGAUCGUCAAGCAGGUCCUCGACGAGGUAGUUCAGAAGUAG